UAUAGCCAAUGAGUGACCAAUGAGGAAGGCAGUCGAAGAAGAGGAAAGUGCAGUAUUCAGAGAUACUUGUGGUCAGUUAAGUGCCGUAGACUGUGCAGCAGGAGGAAUUAUGGGAGCCUUCCUGCGAAUGAACUGCCUCAAGUUAGUGAUAUUAAGUGUGCUUUAUUUAAAUGUGUCCUUAGUGAAUAGCCAAAACGAGAGAAAGGCCAAAGCAGACGAUAAGAAGAAUGAAGAUUUCGAAUGCCCGCAGAGCACAGGAAACGGAAAUUAUGCGGAUCCUGCCACGUGUAAACGAUUUUACCAGUGUGUUGACGGUUAUCCAUAUGUAAACAGAUGCCCUUCUGGGCUAUAUUUUGAUGAUAUAUCAAAAUUCUGUACCUUCAAGAACGAAGCUAGAUGUGGACCAAUUGCCACUACUCCAGCUCCAAUCACUGAACCACCAACAGAUCUAGCAGUAAGAUGUGAUCCUGCAGAAUGCCAACUUCCAUAUUGCUUUUGCUCUAAAGAUGGAACACUUGUACCUGGUGGAUUAGAUCCUGAAGCGACUCCACAAAUGAUACUUCUUACAUUCGAUGGAGCUGUAAACUUGAACAACUACGAUCACUACAGAAAAGUUUUCAAUCACAAACGGCUCAAUCCCAAUGGAUGUGAAAUUAAAGGCACGUUUUUCAUAUCCCACGAGUACAGCAACUACCACAUGAUUCAAGAACUAGCAAGCGAAGGUCAUGAAAUUGCCACCGAGACUAUUUCGCUGCAAAGUGGGCUGGAAGACAAAGGCUAUGAAGAAUGGGUCGGGGAAAUGGUAGGCAUGCGAGACAUCUUGAAGCAUCUAUCCAAUAUUUCAAAGAGUGAGGUAGUUGGAAUGAGAGCGCCAUUUUUAAAACCAGGACGCAAUACACAGUAUAAGGUACUAGAGGAAUUUGGAUACAUCUAUGAUAGUUCUAUUGGAGUGCCAGCUCUGCCUAUACCCGUUUGGCCAUACACUUUGGACUAUAAAAUACCUCAUGAAUGUAAAUCGGGAACUUGCCCGUCUAGAUCAUUCCCAGGUGUUUGGGAAGUUCCACUAAAUACUCACUAUGUAGAAGGAUUUGAGGGUGGGCACUGCCCCUAUCUGGAUCAAUGUGUGCUACAUAAUCAUGAUGCAAAAGAUGUAUUUGAAUGGUUACAAGAAGAUUUUCUUAGAUACUACGACCAGAACAGGGCACCUUAUAUGAUGCCCUUUCAUACCAACUGGUUUUCCAUAAAAGAAUUGGAACAAGGACUCCACAAAUUUUUGAACUGGGUUAUCACACUACCAGAUGUUUGGUUCGUGACAACAACACAAGCUCUGACCUGGAUGACCGAUCCUAAACCGGCCAAGCAACUCAAUAAUUACGAGCCUUGGGACUGCAGGAAGAGAGACAACCUACCUCCUACACCUUGCAAACUCCCCAAUAAAUGUGCUCUAAGUUUUAAAAGACCAGAAUUAAAUAUAACUGACACCAGAUAUUUAGAAACCUGCAAUGAAUGUCCGAACCAAUACCCUUGGUUAGGUGAUGCUACUGGUUCAGGUAUUCCAGGUAAAGACAAUUAUGUUCCUGACAAUGUAAGGAAAUAAUAGGUAUAAAUAUCAAAUAGUAGCAAUAAAUAAUUAAUGUAACUGAUAGGUGGUAUUUUUUCCAAAAAUAAAUUUGUUAGAUAUUUUCUGCAACGAUUAUGUUGAACAAACAACUGUAAUAAAGUUUACUUAUCAGUUACAUUUUUGAACCAAAUUUUUGAAUUAGAAACUUAAGUAUUGUUAAUUUUGUUAUUUAUAGGUUUUACUAAAUAAGAUAAUUGUUUUGUACGACAUUAUGAAAUCAAUAAAUUAUUGUUACAAUAUUUUAUGUGUAAAUAGACCCACAGACAAAUAUCUAUCAAUAAAUCAACCAUAACAUUGGAUUCUAAUAUUAUUUUCUUUCAUAUUAUUUAAUGAAGUGUAACAUAUGAUGGAAAAAUAGGCAGUCAAAUUAUAUUGUUACAUGCUGUACAUUUUUACUAAAAAAUACACUACUUUCUCUAGAAUUUUACAUCAUUCUUCACAAGUCGUGUAAAACAAAUUGUUUUGAAAUAAAAUUUUUUAAUUGUUACCAGAUUAUCAAAUUAAUUCAUAUAUUAACGUAUUCAUCGACAGAAUACCUAUAGUAGGAUCAUAUUCGAUACAAAGAGCAAAAAAUUGUCAGUCUUUUAUCAAAGUAAAUUCGUGUCAUCAUUUUUAGGACACAUAAGAUGAACCAUUUCAAAUUUAAAAUGAAAUUGAAUGUAAAAUCUGUCGCCCAUGUGCAUCGAGUGGACGAAGCGGUCGGUUAUAUGUCAAAUACCUAGCGAGCUUGGUUGUAAAUCAGAGACUGACUCCAAAAGACAAGUAAACAGUGGCACAUAUAUUUAAAAUAAACAGUUUAUGAGAAUAAAGGAAUUUUUGUAGGAAAGGGAUGACAGACUGAACUGAUACCUUCAUAAUGCAUAAAGAAAUUAUUCAAUUUCUAAACCCCUUAAAACCGUACUGCACUGGAUCCCUUG